AUGGCACCCACACCCACUGAAAUUGCCCAGCAGGCUUAUGAGGAAGCACUCAAGCUGAAUCAGGACUGGGUAGAAAACACCUCUAUUCAGCAUCUGUUUUUAGCCAGUGUUUCUUCAGCAAAAGCUCUAUUAGCACAGACAAAGCUUGCAGAGCAGUCGCAUGUUGAAUGGUGUCAUUGGUUCUGUGAUGAGAAAUGGCGUCCUUUAGCAGCUAAUGCACUGUUUGUGCUUUCAAUGGAUGGAUCGAAACAGGCCAUCGGUCUCUAUGAUAAACUCGGUCUAGUGGUUUCCAAAUGUGCUUCUUGUGGUGCUUUUUAUCAUUUGGAAUUUGAAAAGACCAGGAUCAUGCUCAAGCAAAGACUGCACAUUGGCGAUGACAAAAUCAGUAUUUUUGAGCGCGCUGUCCAGGCUCAAGACAAGGAUCGUCUAUUGUCAGUUUUUCAGGACCUUUCAGACUGGAAAAAGACGUUUGAACAGGAGAAUGUUGGCGUUUCUAUUCCUAUAGAAAAACGUGCUAGCUUCUUCGUGCCCAUGGUAGAAUGUCUUUACUGUCCAUGGUUAUUCUCCCCAUUAAACCUGGCAUGUACCAGUGGGGAUGACGACAAGUUAUAUACGCUAUUCAAAGAAGCGUUUACACUUUUUGAAGAUGCAAAGGUAUAUGAUCCAGUUAUUAUCAAGACGCGCCAUUCAUUCUGUUUAGGUGCAGAGGUCCUUUUUUUUAGUAUGGAGCCGAAAAUUCAUCAGCUUGCAAAGUCUGUUAUUAUGAGGUUCACCUGCAUUUCAGUUAAUUCUGAUAAAAGCCCUGAAGUUUGUGUUCUUUAUCCAAAUUUAACAUCCAACAUGGUGGGUUUGAUUAAUGAUACUGCAUUACAAGUUAUGGAAUAUAUGGGGCCCAUCAAACCUGGGUUGGCAGAAAACCCAUUUUCUCAACUCAUUAACGUGAACAAUCCUUCGGUAUUAUAUCUUCUAAAUGCAUCUUAUUUUGUGGGCAUGUUAUAUUUUUGCCGCAAUAAAAACUACUUGAAGAUAGAAUUAAAGGAUGUUCUAGAUCCAUCGGAUAAUUUCUUGAAUUUGCUUCGUAAUUGUCUAUCUUACACUCCCAGUGAUGAAUCCACUGGAAGAUUUAGCAUGGCCCUGUCCGCUCUUAAUACUUUACUAUUAUGGAAACCCGUUGAUCUGAUGUAUCUGACAACCAAACUGGCACCUCUAACUUUCAAAGAUAUAGCCCAGAGCAUGCUUACCCAGUCCAAUCAACUUUUCAGCAGUGGUAAGGCUCGACUGAUCAGUAACCUGUCGUCGGUGGCUAUAUUUCCAAGCUAUGAUGUAACCUAUGAGUUUGGUAUCAGCGACUGGUAUAAUUGGUUGAAUGCUAUAUUCAAAGCUGACCUGCCGGGACAUGGUCCAAGGAGCCAGGGUCAGAAUGGAAGUCAAGAAAAUUCUCAAGGUCGGAGCACCAGUCCAGUUACGGCAUCAGAAAGUGCUACCGGCGAUUCAUCGCUUGCUUCUCAACCUUCACAACCUAGCUCGGCUUUGGCGGUAGAUGAGAAUACUAAGCUCAACAUCUGUAAUAUCAUACUAAACGUGUUGGACCGUCAUAUCACGUCAUUACCUGUCCAGACAGAAGCCGCGAAACGUUCAUCUCUUAUCAGAAGAUUUCUGAUAGUUGCAAUUAGUGGUUUAGAUUUUCCAAAAUCGGUUGAGAAUGGUCUGCCCAAAAUUUCUGAUGUAUCGCGCUUGAUGAGAGCAACAAUUAGAGGUAUUGUAGACAAGGGUUCAAGGUAUAUCCUGGACUCCAGGUCUAGUCGGGACUUGCUACCGCUGGUGUAUCAACUUAUCCGACAGUGUUUGGAAUUUGAUAUUAUAUCAUCUAUUGGAGCUGCUGUCACAAAGGCCUCGACCCCGAAUGUCGGAGACAAAAGUGCUAGUAAUUCAGCGAGGCCGUCAAAUGGCCUCUGGCAGGCUAUUAAUAGAAUGCCUCGACUUUUUGACGUGGAUUUCACAACAAAUAUUCUUAAAGGUUUAAAACUUGCUGCAUUUACUUUCGAGUCGCCCACCCUUGCUAAUAACUCACCAAUUCAACCCGACGUAUUAAAUCAAGCCGCAGAUUCAUUACGAAUCAUCAGUGAACUCGAUCCUGUUGUGAUUAGAAAAGUUUUCAAAGAUAGAGAUGCUCUAGUAUCAGUGUUUCUGUCAAGUUUCUCUGGUUCGAUUGAACUAAGUGAUCUUGCCAUUGACGUUAUCUGCCAGACUCUCGACGAAACGAGUAGUCGUUCUGAAGCAUUUAAACAGUUGUUGAGAGAUGAUCCUAAGCUGGUAGUGCGGUCUUUCAACGAAGCUGUUGAUCUAGUUCGAAGUGUUGGCAUGUUUUCUCCAUGUGCCAAGCUGAUCAAGGUUAGCCAGGACUUUGUUGAUGCUCUGUACUCUCCUCACGGUGGUGUAGUUGAUGGUCGCUUCAAAGCCGAUCUGACAAAAGAUAUUGAGGAAAAUGAACUGCUGCAAUACUGGCUCAAAACUUGGAGUUUCCUACAGUUUACUUUCAAAAAUACCCGUAACUGGGGUGAGACUUAUAUCAUGUCGACGAUGAAAGAUUUUUUUCGUGAAGAGGCACAUUACUGUCAGACUUUGUUGGACCAGUUCAGACUGUUUGAGGUCGAUUUACCAUUUGAGGCAGAUCCAAAUAUUUCACAUGGUGAACGACUGGCGUUACCAGUUGCGAGUACUAUAGAGUUGAUGUGCGAUUUGCUACGUCUGAGGGACACUCAGCUGCUAGACGCUUGUUUCAGAAACAUUAUCUCAAUUAUAGAACUAAUGAAGUCUUUUAACGUCAAACUUCCGGAAAGCUUAGUCGAAGUUUUCAAGCGAUGUUCUUCAGGCAAGAUCACCAACAAGCUUUCACAGGAUAAUAUUGCCCAACUUUUGGCUGCUCUAAACAGUAUGGGAGUAUUGUCUGAGGCAGAAAUUGAGACUAUUCAGAUGGAGUCUCAGAUGAGGAAGAAAAAAUCUGGAUCAGUUUCCGUUACCCCUGCACACACACAAUCACCACCUCCAGGUAGCGGUCUUACCUUGGCAAACUUGCCACUUCGAUCUGGCAGUACAGUCAAGGCACCUGCUAUCUCCAUUAAAGGUGUUAGUAGCCGUCAAAGAACGCUGUUGGAUAUGUACCAGAAAACUCCCGAUGGAAGACCGCCUCCUGUUGUGAUACCUCCUCAUAGCAGUUCCGUUCAGCCAAGUGCUCCCCCUCGUACUAGUGCAAUGGACUUGUUAAGAGAAUCCGUCAAACAAAACCGCAUGUCCUCUACAGGAGCUGCCAUGUUGGCUGCCACUUCGUCAAAGCCUCCUGCUAAGGAAAUACAUCCUCCUCGUCCACCAGGCUUUAAUUCUAGGAGAACCGUUCUUCCUUCCUCCAGUGCGUCGUCUACACCAGCUCCGUCUAGUCUUAAUAGUUCCGAUGUCUCGGAUCAAAGUGACGACGAAUCUGACGACGGCCUUUUCACGGAAAAGAAAGCCGCUGAUACUGGUCCUAAAAUGCGUAAUAUUAACAGGCCAGGAUUUAGAAUCAAUACCGCCAAUAUGACUCGAAAAGGAACGCCGACAGUUGCUCAGAAGCAAUUGGAAAAGAGGCUCAUGCAACAGCGUCUGAAUAUUGACAUGGGGCCUUUGCACAAGGAAGUGUUGUCCUGGGAUUACUUUGCUAGGAAUGAUUAUUUCCAAAAGUCUAAAGGACAAUUAAAGCCCGUGCAAUCGGAAUUCAAGUCUGUUGAAGAUUAUCAGUCCACUUUUACCCCUCUGUUAAUGUUAGAGUGUUGGGAGGGUAUACAGAAAGUUAAAGAGGAAAAUGUGGGACGCGUACCGUUCAAGAUUCAGGUCGGUAAACGGGUCAAGUGUGAUGAUUUUUAUGAUGUGUAUGCCUCGGUUUCUAUGAAAGAAUUUCAAAUUAUAAAACUUGGCGAAUCAGAUCUUAUCGUGCUGUCGUAUCAUACCAACUUGGAAGUCAAGGCAUUAAUGCCCCAACAUAAUGUGCCCCAUUGCUAUGCUAGAAUACAACAGAUUAAUUUGCAUCAGGAUUACGCAGAUCUAAUUUUGAGAACCUAUGAACCUGGUAAAAUGAUUGGAUAUUUGAGCCAAAAUUGUGUGAUAUGCGGAUUGAAAGCUUCAAGUCCCCCAGGUACUGGUAAAACUAAAACUAUUUUAGCAAUUGCCGGAGCAUACCUUACAUCAGCGAUACCAGCAUUAUCUCAGUUUGAUGAUGAUGUGCCCAAUACCCGUAGGAUAUUGGUGUGUGCACCGUCAAACGCCGCAGUUGAUGAACUUGUGCUGCGUUUUAAGUCGGGAAUCAUAGGAUCACAUGGUAAGGUAUUCGAGCCGUCAGUGGUCAGAUUAGGUAGAAGUGAUGCUGUCAAUAUUCAAGUUCGUGACGUUACUUUGGAAGAAUUGUUGGAUAAAAUGGUAGAAAAGAAUAGCGACGAAAAUGGUCGACAAGAUGAUAACUCAGUUCGAGAGAAGCAACAAGCGAUUAUCAAGGAGAGGAAUGAAUUAAGACGUAAGAUAGAUAAUACGCAGGAUAUAAGUGGUGAAGAAUAUUCUAAAUUGUCGGAAGAGAUUAGAGUUUUGAGCAAACAAAUCAAAGACCUCUCGAGACAAUUAGAUGUUCAAAGGGAACAACGGACUACUGCGGCAAGAAUGAGAGAAGCUCAACGCCGCAAGUUCCAAGACCAGAUACUACGAGAUGCUCAAGUUAUUUGUUGUACCCUUUCUGGUAGUUCUCAUAAGGUGUUGUCAUCGUUAAAAAUGAGGUUUGAUACUGUUAUCAUUGAUGAAGCAGCCCAAAGUGUUGAGCUGUCUGCAUUGAUACCUUUGCGUUAUGGGUGCACUCGAUGUAUUAUGGUGGGUGAUCCCAAUCAAUUGCCACCCACAGUUCUUUCCCAAGCAGCUUCUAAUUUGAAGUAUGAGCAAAGUUUGUUCGUUAGAAUGUUUGAAAAGUUUCCCGAACGAGUAUAUCUGUUGGAUACACAAUUUCGUAUGCAUCCCGAUAUUUCUGAGUUUGCAAGUAGGGAGUUUUAUGGCGGUCGUCUUUAUAAUGGAGAUGGUAUGGCUUCGUUAACGGCUAGGGCUUGGCAUAGUAAUCCAAUGUUAGCCCCUUACAAGUUUUUCGAUGUUGUUGGUUCUCAAAAGAAGUCAAUCGACACCAAAUCCAUGUAUAACACAGAGGAAGCAGAAGCUGCUUAUGCUCUUUAUGAAAUGCUGUUCAAAACAUGCAGUGAGAACGGAAUACAUGAUUUGGCCGGUAAAGUGGGCAUUAUUUCACCCUACAAGCGUCAAGUGAAGGAGCUUAGAUUCGUAUUCAGAGCUCACCUUGGUGAGGCAGCAUCGAAUCAAAUCGAUUUUAAUACAAUUGAUGGAUUCCAAGGUCAAGAAAAAGAUGUUAUUAUUCUCUCAUGUGUAAGAGCUCAACCAGAUGCUCAAGGCGUAGGUUUCUUAGGCGAUACACGACGUAUGAAUGUAGCAAUUACUCGUGCGAAAAGUUCGAUGUGGAUUCUAGGCAAUGAAAAUAAUUUGGUUAAAAAUCCUGUUUGGAAAAGAUUGAUUGGUGAUGCUCGUCAGAGAAAUAUGUUUGUAAAGCUAAGGGCCGAUGUGCAAGAAAGUUUGCAAGAACAGAUAAUUGCAAGGGCGACUCAACAAGCGAGGGCUCAAAUUGAACAGAGAACACCCGACGUACAGGCUCAAAGUGUAGCUAGGGAAGCACAUGCUGAUAACCUCGCUAAACGUCUAGCAGAAGAUCAAAUUAUCAAGGAGGAGGGAGAUAAGAAAUUGAAAAUUGAUGCUGCCCCUGCUGUGACAGAAGAACCUGUCCUCAGCAAGAAAGAAAGGAAGCGACUUAAGAAUGCCGAGAAAAAAGCAAGAAAGUUGAAGGAAUUGGAGCUGAGACAAAUGAACGCGCGUGAUCCGAGGUUCAGACUGUAUAAUGUUUCAGAUUCAAGUUCACCAUCAGACACAAGCCGAUUUAGCAGCCCAAGCAGUUUAGGUGAUGUUGAUAAACAUCCGCCGCAGCGUAAUAGCGGACCGCCUGUAGAUGGUAAUAUCUUUAAUGGCACUGAAAAAGAAUCAACAAAGGAGCCUAAAACUAGUGAUUCUAGUAAAGAAGAACUAUCGACUCCGAAUUCGAUUCCAAAUACUCCGUCAUCUCGAGAUGAAUUUGCCAAUAAAGAGUUUGAUGCUCCUCCGAAGACCCUUUCAAAUAAUAUCAGAAGCGGUAUCAAUGAUAAGACUUCCAAUUCUAAAAGUGUCGAUAGUGAUGGCUUGCAUUCUUCUGAUUCCAUGGCUCUUGCUAGGGACCAAGUUGUGAACUCUAAGAUGGAUAUGUCAGAUCGAUCAGAUGAUGUUUCUAACGUCAAGGGGCCAUAUAUUGCCCGUCUACGAGUGGAUACUGAUUCGUCGACUUCAGAUUACGGUAGAAAUCAAGAGCUUUCGAAUGGUGGUGCAUCUUCUCGCCAGGGCCAACUUCCGCCAAAUAACGAACCGGAGUGGCUUCGGCCUAAUGUAGCUGAACGACCAUACCGACCCCAAACUGCAGACGAGGAAUCUCGGUCACGUCCUAGUGAUGACGAUAGAGAUCCACGGCAACCGAGGUCUCGCGACAAUAACGAAUCUACUAGGGCUUGCCCUAGUGAUGAUAAACAACCCUAUCGACCCCACUCUAGUGAUAAUAGAGAUUCGUACCGACCUCGUCCGAAUGAUGACCGCGAACCAUAUCGUUCGCGUUCUCGUGAUGAGAGAGAUUCAUAUCGUCCACACUCCAGUGAGGACUACGAACAUAGUAGGUCACGACCACGUGACGAUAGAAGCUACAAUGUACAACGUUCUCAAGCGGAUAGAGACUAUCGACAGGGUCACCAAAAUGAAAGAGACUACUGGUCUCGUAAUUCUGACGAUAGGGGGUCGUAUCGUUCUCAUCCUGAAGAUGAUAGAGGGCCACAUCGACCUCGUCAUUUGGACGACAGGGAGCCGAAUCAGCCUCGUCCGGGAAAUGAUAGAGAAACCUAUAGACCACGUCCUUCGUUCCGUCCAGCUCCUGAAAGAGAGCCAUACAAUCCCGAUUCACGUAAAAGAUUCCCGACAGUACCCCGUAAAAGGAACCCACCUGGGGAUCCGUUUGUCAGGCCGAGAAAGAAGGGGCCUCCUCCCCCGAAGUGA